GGCUAGUAUCUGGCGGUGUGGUGUGUGCGGUCGGACUGUGGUUGUGUUUCAGGUCUGGGCGUGUUGAUAACGACACACUUCGGACGCAUUUCAUCGCGUGGAGAUGGACAUUUUGAAGCCAUGGCUCUAAAACAAAUUGCCCUAACGCUGUUGGCCCUCCUCGGGUUAGCGGCUGUCGGUGAUGCGUUACGUUGUAACUGCACAAGCUGUGAGAAGACAGGCUACGAGUGUGAAACAGAUGGUGCCUGCUUGACCUCAACUUACUAUAAUCAGGGGAAGGAGCAUCAUUUGCGCCUCUGCAUCAACCAGGACAACCUGGUCCCUCCUGGAAAGCCUGUCUAUUGUAUGAGUGCUGAAGGCUACUUCAACAGUCACUGCUGCUAUACAGAUUACUGCAACAGUAUUGACCUGAAAGGACCAGUCCCUACAAAAGUUGGGGAUGGGCCAGACCCAGGUCCCACCUUGGGGCCAGUGGAGCUGGUGGCAGUCAUUGCAGGGCCUGUAUUCCUGCUGUGUGUGUUGCUGAUGGUCGGAGUGUUCCUAUUCCAGUAUCACCAGAGAGCCUACAGCCACAGACAGAGGCUGGAGGUUGAAGACCCGUCUUGUGACCAUCUCUAUUUAGCAAAGGACAAGACCUUGCAAGACCUUAUUUAUGACAUGUCCACCUCAGGAUCAGGCUCUGGAUUGCCCCUGUUUGUGCAGCGAACAGUGGCAAGGACCAUUGUACUGCAGGAGAUAAUAGGAAAGGGGCGUUUUGGUGAGGUAUGGCGAGGGAAGUGGAGAGGAGGAGACGUGGCCGUGAAGAUCUUCUCAUCCAGAGAGGAGCGCUCCUGGUUCAGAGAGGCUGAAAUCUAUCAGACAAUCAUGCUUCGGCACGAAAAUAUUCUAGGCUUCAUUGCAGCUGACAAUAAAGACAAUGGCACAUGGACACAGCUGUGGCUUGUGUCAGACUAUCAUGAGCAUGGCUCUCUUUUUGACUACCUGAACCGCUACUCUGUCACCAUUGAGGGCAUGAUCAAACUUGCACUUUCUGCUGCAAGCGGCCUGGCACAUUUACACAUGGAGAUCCUUGGUACUCAGGGUAAGCCAGGUAUUGCUCAUCGUGACCUCAAGUCUAAAAAUAUCCUUGUUAAGAAGAAUGGCACAUGUGCUAUAGCUGACCUCGGACUGGCAGUCCGCCAUGAGUCCAUCACAGACACAAUCGAUAUAGCACCGAACCAGCGCGUGGGCACUAAGAGGUAUAUGGCUCCUGAAGUCCUGGAUGAAACCAUCAACAUGAAACACUUUGAUUCCUUUAAGUGUGCUGAUAUUUACGCACUGGGCCUGGUGUACUGGGAGAUUGCACGUCGCUGCAACGCUGGAGGUAUCCAUGAAGAGUACCAGCUGCCCUACUAUGACCUUGUGCCCUCAGACCCCUCGAUAGAGGAGAUGAGGAAGGUGGUGUGUGACCAGAAACUGAGGCCCAAUGUCCCCAACUGGUGGCAGAGCUACGAGUCACUGCGUGUGAUGGGGAAGAUCAUGCGGGAGUGCUGGUACGCCAAUGGAGCGGCCAGAUUGACGGCUCUGCGCAUCAAGAAGACUCUGUCUCAGCUCAGUGUGGAGGAGGACGUCAAGAUGUGAGCAGCCAGGCGACAGAAAGAGGCGCUUGAGACACACGACCCAACCACACUCCCAUAGGAAACAAAAACUAAAGACAGACUGCAAAUGAAAAUCCUGCCAGUUUUAAAGCCACACUCCAAGUUGUGACAAGGCCUACCUCACCUUUUUAGCCAAAACUACUGAAAAAUCCCCUCUUUCCUCCCUCCUUCCUGACUUCUCUUCCCUGCCUCCCUUUGGUCCUGUGUCACCUCCUUGUUCUCCUCAACCCCCUUCUCCACGGGCCACAACACACUACAGCACUACCACUGUUAAUAACAUCUCACUCAACAUUUUUUUUCCCCCAGGGCAGGAAAACCUAUUGUACAGUGACAGUUAUAUUUAUUUUUUUUUUAAACCUCAAUAUUAUUUUUUCUUUCUCAUGACAGAGAACACUUGUUAAGAAAAGUUAAGUGUGUUGUAGCUUUUGGGUUCGAGAGAAGCGCUUCACAUUCUGUUGGCCAUGCAACAUCUCACCGUCACUGUCAGUGUGUGAGGGGGGGGAGAGGCUGAAGCACUGUUUGUGUGUGUAUGUUAAAGGUGUCUGCACUGCAAGCAUGUUCCUAAGACACCAAGCUGUCUUUUGGUGUAGGCCGUAGUUCAUCAGAUUUAAGAAAAAAAAAUCUUUUAAGCAUGAACAGCCAGAUUGUGCUUUCUAAUCCCACCCCCCACACUUAAACACCCCCCCUCCCAGAAACAGAAAUUAGUUGCACUCAACUGUAGCUUCCUCAUGUGUGAGACCCACAAGUAUCACAUAAUGGAUGUGGUCCAGUCCUGGUGUUAGUUUGAAAUGUGGCAGGGAUAAUGUUUGGGAUGGUUUAAUUUUUAAUUUAUUUGUUGAUAGUUUAUAUUUCAUAUUGAUGAACACUGUGAGAUGAGAUGUGACAGACCAGAGUCUUCAUAUAAAAAUUGCUGUUGUAGUUCAGUCUGAGUCUUCAUCUGUAGGAUGUUAGAUUAAAGGGUUAUUGCAUUCAUGGAGUAAAAGAAA